GCGACCCGACGGGCUCUUCAGUUCGCGGCGUGUUUCAGGGGUUUCUUACAGUAUCCACGUGAUCUUCUGCAUGUUCUCCUGCACAGUCCAGGAAGGGGACUGGCGGAGUCCAAGAAAUUCUCCUUGACGCUGGGGUGUCUCGGCGGACCGUCCGGGCCCACGGAGGCGUAAGACAGUCACUUUAAUUAUUUCUAACACCAGUUUCAAACUAGUUACCCUUGGAUAACUGCAAUUAUAUGAAAGUAUGGCUGGUUAUAAGCCUGUAGCAAUCCAGACAUAUCCUAUACUUGGUGAAAAAAUCACCCAAGAUACACUGUACUGGAACAACUAUAAGACGCCUGUUCAGAUCAAGGAGUUUGGUGCAGUGUCAAAAGUAGACUUUUCUCCCCAGCCUCCAUAUAACUAUGCAGUCACAGCUUCUUCAAGGAUUCACAUUUAUGGCCGAUACUCCCAAGAACCUAUAAAAACCUUUUCACGAUUUAAAGACACAGCAUACUGUGCUACUUUUCGACAGGAUGGUAGACUCCUUGUGGCUGGCAGUGAAGACGGUGGUGUUCAGCUUUUUGAUAUAAGCGGGAGGGCUCCCCUCAGGCAGUUUGAAGGCCAUACUAAAGCAGUUCAUUUAGUAGAUUUUACAGCUGACAAAUACCAUGUGGUUUCUGGGGCUGAUGAUUAUACAGUUAAAUUAUGGGAUAUUCCAAACUCCAAAGAAAUUCUGACAUUCAAAGAACAUUCUGAUUAUGUGAGGUGUGGAUGUGCUAGCAAACUGAACCCAGAUCUCUUUGUCACAGGGUCAUAUGAUCACACUGUGAAGAUGUUUGAUGCACGGACAAACCAGAGUGUUAUCUCUGCUGAGCAUGGACAGCCAGUGGAGAGUGUCCUGCUUUUUCCCUCUGGAGGUCUUCUGGUAUCAGCAGGAGGUCGGUAUGUUAAAGUCUGGGACAUGCUAAAAGGAGGACAGUUGCUCGUGUCUUUGAAAAAUCAUCAUAAAACUGUGACAUGUUUAUGUCUCAGCAGCUCUGGACAGAGGUUACUCUCUGGCUCACUGGAUAGGAAGGUGAAAGUAUAUAGCACAACUUCCUACAAAGUAGUCCACAGUUUUGAUUAUACAGCUUCAAUUUUGAGUCUUGCACUUGCACAUGAAGAUGAGACAAUAGUUGUAGGAAUGACCAAUGGAAUAUUGAGUGUUAAACAUCGGAAAUCUGAAGCAAAGAAGGAUUCUGUGCCCAGGAGAAGAAGGCCUGCAUAUCGAACUUUUAUUAAGGGGAAAAAUUAUAUGAAACAACAGGAUGACAUUUUGAUCAACAGGCCAUCAAAGAAACACCUAGAAUUGUAUGACAGGGAUCUGAAAAACUUCCGGAUCUCUAAGGCACUUGACAGAGUCCUUGAGCCCACUUGUACAAUAAAGACGCCCGAGAUUACAGUUUCCAUCAUAAAGGAGCUAAAUCGAAGAGGAGUCCUUGCAAACGCCCUUGCAGGUCGAGAUGAAAAGGAAAUCAGUCGUGUUCUUAAUUUUUUGAUAAGGAACCUGUCUCAGCCAAGAUUUGCCCCUGUUUUGAUUAAUGCUGCUGAAAUAAUUAUUGAUAUAUAUCUACCUGUGAUUGGUCAGUCACCUGUAGUUGAUAAAAAGUUUUUGAUACUUCAAGGACUAGUAGAAAAAGAGAUUGAUUACCAAAGAGAACUGCUGGAAACUUUGGGGAUGAUGGAUAUGCUUUUUGCUACCAUGACAAGGAAAGAAACUGUGUUGCAGCAUGAUACAUCUGAUGGAUUUUUAGAGAACAGUAAGGUUGAAUCAUAGUGUCUGCUUAACAGGAAACGUAAGAACGCCUAACAUGGAAUAGAUUUGAUGCUAUUAACUAUUGGGAAGAGAAUUUCUGAUACAUUACAAAAAUCUAUUUGCAGAAGCAAUUUUAUAGAAGAGACUGGAAUGACUAUGCUUGGAAAAUAAGAAACUGUUUUUAAACAUGGUUUUCCAUGUUCUGCUUUGAAUUAUUUCGUGGCAUCUUCAGCUGGAAGAGAUCUCAGUUUCGGUCAUAAUGUAUGUCCAUCUUGGACAGGUCGACAUUAAUUUUAAUAUAGCUGCGUUCUGUUUCAGCGUUUGAGUAGACGUUCAGAACUCUGGAGAGGGUUUCAACUUAAGAAUCCUGCCAAAGGAACAGGGCUUUAUUUUUUCCUUCUAUCGUGGAAAUACAAAUGGCAACAACCAGUAAAUUCUCCAAUCAGUGCACUUGGGGUCCCCAGGCGCCAGCCGAGUGUGCCCCAUUUCCUUGCUGUCAUCAUUUGUCCCAGGUCACAAGUUCCAUCUCAGCUGGUAAUUGGACUGUAUCUGUUGCCGGUGUGGCAGAUUAGUGGCCAACUCUGAAUACUUGACACGACUUUGACAUGUAUUCAGAGAAUGUGAUGAGGCAGAUUUGAUACCUAGAAAUUGUGCUCACCAGCCUGUGUUUUCUUUUCCUUCCCGUAAUCUUGACUGUGCUGCUCAGAACAGGGCCUGCAGGUAAGCCUUCGGGACCAUAUUUUUCCUCUUCCCCUCAGUAUGUAGCCUUUCUACCAGCUUUUCAGCUUGUUUCAGGCCAGGGGAAUGAUAAAAUUUGCCAUUUCUCUUGUGACCAAUAGCGUUUCAGCCUUUUUUAAUGUGUAUUUGGAGCUUAUCUUGCAGCCACCUACCUCUGAAAACCAUUUUCUUUGGCCUGUGUUUAGGUUAUUUUUCCCUCCUCUAUUCUUAACUUCAUUUUGUGUUUCAGAACCCCUUGUAUCUUUUUUUUUUUAAGUUCAACAAAAAACAUUUUUUAUAAAGAGACUCUUUAUUUUCUUCCUGACUUUCUGGGAUGUAUCAAUUCCUGAUGGAUAGUCACUGACUAUUGAUUUCUAGCACACUGAUUCUAUACUUGGUCCCUUUUCCACCUUCCCCCAGUUCCUGAAGUAGUUAACUAUGUGUAAGGAAAUAGGUCUUAGGCUAGAAGAAUCCUUAAUUAAAGGCAGAUUUUGUAACUGCAGUCUUCUCUUAAAUUCACAUUCAGUUCUGUUAAUUUAUAUGUGUAUUUUUAAAGCAGAAAGAAAUAUUCCUAUGUUCUGAUAAGGAUGUAUGCUCAGAGAGUCUGGAUUUCCCUUCAUGAAUUGAUUUAAGCCAUUGUGAAGCCCAGUGGCUUAUAAGAAACCAAGAAUUUGCUUCUUUGAGUAAUUAUGAGAUUAGUCAAGGUCAGAAGCUGUGUCUUCAUGUAAAGAAGGGUUAAUUUAUAAGUUUUUUUAAAUUUCAUAAAUACACUGAUAAAUGGGAUACUAGUAAAGCUGAAAGGUUGAGGUUCUUCCAAAAAACUAACUUUUUUGGAAGAUAAGAGUCUUUUGAGAAGAGUUUUCUCAUGCAUUAUUUGAUCUGGGUCUUACCACAACCAUCCAGGGUUGGUAUUCUCAUUUAGCAUUGAAUUCACCCUUGAAUUUCUCAAGCUUGAGUUCCUCAUCCCAGCACUGUGAACUGGCCUGCUUGCUGGGGCCAAAACCACUCAUUCCCUUUAACACAACUUCACCAGAGUGCUGCCAUUUUUUAGAUGAGAUAUGUAAUAAUUAUAAAUUUUCAAAAAGGCUAGGAAACAAUUCCCAUAACGAUCAGUAGUUCAGUGUUAAGUUCAUGAAUAGUUUUUAAAGUUUGGGACAAACUGUAGUAUUUGCUAUUUGAAGUAGUAUUUGUAAUUGGCAUAUUACAGUGUAACAUUGGGCCUUCAUUUCCAACUCAAAAUGCCUAAAAAUGCCUAACAGGUUUUUAGAUUUGUGAAUUUUAGUUGAAAUGUAUUUUAAGAUGUUAUUAAACCUGCAGAAAUAUUGCAGUAUUUCAGAGAACUUAUUCACUGUACAUUUAUUUUAUUUAUAAAAGUUAUGUACUAUGGAAAGUUUUGCUUGUUGGGUCAAAUGCUUGUUUCUUCAAAUGCUUGUUGCAUUUGAAGUGCUAUUUACAAGAAAAUCAAAUACCUUCAAUGUAUAAAUGCUAUUAAGCUGUUUAAAGGACUCUGGGGUAAAAGUAAGUUUGUUUAAAGAAAUUUAGUCUGUUCAACUUAAAUCAGCUCUAUCAAACAUUAAUUAAAAGUCUCAUUUAAAAUGA